CGUCUGCGUGCGACGUCAGCGGAGAGGUGUUGAUCUCGUUCCCCUAAGUUGUCGUUUCCAUCUUUCUGCGCAUCAAAAUCGUUUAUUGCAAGGAGUUCACCAGCUUAGGAAAAUAAUCAUUGAAGUGCAAAUUGGACCUUUCUUUUCCAAAAGAAGACAUUCAGCGUAUACUCGACUAAAGUCCUGUGAAGUCUAAACUGCCUCAUCAUGCAACAGCAUUGAGUUCAUCCCCAUUCGAGGCUUAGCUGCAGUUCUCUGUGUAUUGGCAAUCCGAAAGGGUUGAACCCUUCUUGCCACCAUGAACGAGAAUCCAUCAGAAUGCAGCAUCAAAGUCGUUUGUCGGUUCCGACCCCUCAAUUCGGCGGAAGAGAAAGCAGGGAGCAAGUUUAUGGCAAAAUUCCCUCCAGGAAGCGAAGACUGCGUUUCAGUUGGGGGUAAAGUGUACAUAUAUGAUAAAGUAUUCAAGCCAAACGCAACGCAAGAGAAAGUUUAUAAUGAAGCGGCGCAAGCCAUUGUCAAAGAUGUUCUUAUGGGCUACAAUGGGACAAUAUUCGCUUAUGGACAGACAUCAAGUGGUAAAACUCAUACAAUGGAGGGAAUCCUCGGGGACCAUAUCCAACAAGGCAUCAUACCUAGAAUUGUGAACGACAUAUUCAACCACAUCUAUUCCAUGGAUGAAAAUAUUGAGUUCCACAUUAAGAUUUCCUAUUUCGAAAUUUAUUUAGAUAAAAUUCGUGAUCUCCUCGAUGUAUCCAAAACCAAUCUGUCUGUCCACGAAGAUAAAAACAGAGUUCCUUUCGUAAAGGGAGCGACAGAGAGGUUCGUAACCAGCCCCGAAGAAGUCAUGGAAGUUAUAGACGAAGGAAAAGCUAACAGGCAUAUUGCAGUUACAAAUAUGAAUGAGCACAGUUCCAGAAGUCAUAGUGUUUUCCUCAUCAAUGUUAAGCAGGAAAAUCUGGAAAACCAGAAAAAGCUUAGUGGAAAAUUAUAUUUAGUGGAUUUAGCUGGUAGCGAAAAGGUCAGUAAAACAGGAGCUGAAGGAAUGGUUUUAGAUGAAGCUAAAAAUAUCAACAAAUCACUAUCAGCUUUGGGGAAUGUAAUAUCUGCUCUCGCUGAUGGAAAUAAAUCUCAUAUACCUUAUCGAGACAGUAAGUUGACAAGAAUUUUACAAGAAAGUUUAGGAGGUAAUUCACGCACCACCAUUAUCAUUUGUUGCUCACCAGCAUCAUUUAAUGAAUGCGAAACUAAAUCGACUCUUGACUUUGGACGAAGAGCCAAGACUAUCAAGAAUACAGUUGUCGUCAAUGAAGAAUUAACAGCGGAGGAAUGGAAACGACGAUACGAGAAAGAACGAGAAAAAGCCUUGCGUGUGAAAGCUCAGCUGACACGUGCAGAAUAUGAAUUAAGCAGAUGGCGAAAUGGAGAAAACGUACCUCAUGACGAGCAACUCUUAAUGAAAGAUAUAAUGGAGAACAGCACAACUAGCCUUACCGAUAACAUUCCUGUUUCAAAUCUUCCUGUGAAUAUUGUUCAAGUUUCAUCAGAACCACUUAGCAACGCUGAACGUGUUAAAUUUGAAGAAGAAAGAAGUCGUUUGUAUGCUCAGCUUGACGAAAAAGAUGACGAGAUUGAUCGACAAAGUCAAUUGAUUGAGAAACUGAAAGAGCAAAUGUUGGAACAGGAAGAACUGAUUACGUCGACUCGUAAGGAUUAUGAAACACUGCAACAGGAAAUGAACCGCAUUCAGCAAGAGAAUGAGUCUGCAAAAGAAGAAGUGAAAGAAGUUUUGCAAGCUUUAGAAGAACUAGCUGUUAAUUACGAUCAGAAAUCUCAAGAAGUAGAAAACAAGAAUAGAGAGUACGAAAGCUUAAAUGAAGAACUUAGUCAGAAACUUUCACAACUGAACACUGCGCAGAACGAAUUACAACAAAUGAAAGAUCAUACGCUUCAUCAACGGAAACGGGUGACUGAGAUGUUAACAAACCUCCUGAAAGACCUUGGAGAAGUCGGUCACGUUCUUGGAAAUAAUUCUGUAGACACAAAAUUUUCUGCCGAGGUUUCUGGGAAAAUUGAGGAAGAAUUUACCGUUGCUCGACUUUUUAUCAGCAAAAUGAAGUCAGAGGUCAAGGCUCUUACAACUCGUUGUCAUCAGUUGGAGGCAUUUCAAGCUGACUGCAAUAAGAAAAUUGAAGCCAAUGAAAAAGAACUUGCUGAAGGCCGUCUACUUAUUAGCCAGUACGAAGCAAAAAUGAAAUCUCUUCAAGAAUCAAUGAGAGAUGUUGAUGCCAAAAAACGAUCUCUCGAGGAAGCUGUUGAUUCCUUGAACGAAGAAUGCGCAAAAUUAAAGGCUGCUGAAGAGAUGCAUAUAAUGACAUCCAAAGAAAAAGAGAAGUUGAAAGAUUCAGCAGAGAAAAUGAAAGAAGCAUUGGAACAGCAAAUCGAAAAACACAGAGAAGCACAUCAGAAACAGCUCUCUGCCUUACGCGAUGAAAUUUCUGAAAAGGAAAACCAAAUUGAUAAACUUAAAGACCUAAAUCAGAAACUGACUUUAGCCCAGGAACGAUUACAACAAGAAUAUGACAAACUGAAGCAAGACGAACAUGAAAAGAGUAUGAAGUUGCAAGAACUAGUGUUCUUAAAUGAAAGGCGAGAGCAGGCAAGGCAAGAUCUGAAAGGUCUUGAAGAAACUGUGCUCAAAGAACUACAAACCUUGCACAAUUUGCGAAAACUGUUUGUGCAAGAUCUACAAAGCCGAGUGAAAAAAUCAGCCCUCGGAGAAGAAAAUGAUGACGGAAAUGGUACGCCAGCACAGAAACAAAAAAUUGCAUUCCUCGAAAAUAAUCUUGAUCAGCUCACAAAAGUUCAUAAACAAGCCUUUUGGUACUUUCAGCUCGUCAGGGAUAACGCUGAUCUGCGUUGUGAGUUGCCAAAAUUAGAGAAGAGACUACGGGCAACUAUGGACAGAGUGAAAUCUCUAGAAACAGCCCUCAAGGAAGCCAAAGAAAGUGCCAUGAGAGAUAGGAAAAGAUAUCAGUAUGAAGUAGAUCGCAUUAAAGAAGCUGUUCGUCAAAAGAACUUAGCUAGAAGGGGUCAUAUGGCUCAAAUUGCUAAGCCUAUUCGUGCUGGGCAACCUCAUCUUGUGGGGGCUGGUUUUAGAGCGGGCAUCAUUCCUAUGCUAAAUAUGGCUAAUUUAGGAAGGAAUGAUAAUAGAAGAAUUGUUUCAGAUAAAAUAAUUAAUGACAUUGAAAUUACUCCUAUUAAAACUUUCGAAAAAAUAUCAAAUGAAAGGAAUUUCAAUGAAAAACCUGAAGAAAUCAAUGUAAGCUAAUGGGAAGAGCUUUGUGAUAUCCGCAUCAUAAAUAACAUUCCCGUCUCUGUCUAUCAGUUCCAUGCAUAUGCGUAUAAUAACCUAUUAGAUAAACUCUUGUAGAAAAACAAUAUUCUCAAAAAAGGACUUUUCUUAUUUUAUCACUUGCUUUAGAAAUGUAUUUGCACUCCAUACGUUGAUUUUAGUUUCUUCGACCCUGCAGAUGGUAUGCCAAAGUGUGUGCAUUUUCUAGCUGAUAAUGUGAUAUUUUGUUUAGACUUUGUUUCGUUUUUAACAUUCGUUGCACAUUUAUGGACAUUACUGUUAUAGAAAAAUGAAUUAUUGAUGGAGUGAGAUUGUAAAAUUCAUCGUUUUUUAAAUUUAAGAAAUUUGUCAUGUAAUACUCAAGAUUGAAAAAUCUGUCUGAGCUUGUAAUAGUUUGAAUAUUUUAAUUAUUUUUUCUUUUUUUGCUGGUAUUUAGUAAUGUAAUUGUGAUACGAUAUUUUAAGAGAAAAUGAAAACUGUAAUUUGUUCUCGAAAUUUUUAAUUUGAAGCUACGUAAAAUGCAUCACAUUUAAUAUUAUACCAUUAUUUUCAUUAGGUAAGACUAAUUUAAGACGUUUCAUCAUCAAAUGAUUGUAGAGCAUGUUUUGAAUGUCAAUAUGUUUUGCGGACUAGAAUCACAAUUACAAAUUUAAUAGGCUAUUUUAUUUUAUACGUUAUAUUGUAUAAUCUAAUUUCCUUUCAUUAUUUUGCAUCAUGAAAUAAAAUUUAUAUUCAUUUCAUGAUGUAAAAUAUAAUAAAGUAAAAUAUGCGUUUGUCAGCUGUACAAUAUUGUCAGCUGCUAUUGUACAAUGAAAAUAUCUGUUUUGCAGAUUAUGUGCAAUAUGUCUGCUGACUUAUCGGAAAGUACAAGCACCUUAUAUUAUAUAUGCUUCAUACGUAGCUGUGAUGCAUAUUACAGCUUUCACAGAUUUCUUUAUUUAUUUACAUCCAAGGGUUUAUUUACUAUAAAUAAAUAACUAAUAGUUUUAGUUUUGAAAAUGUUUAUAAAUUGAGAGAAUAUUUGCAAUGAGAAGUUUUGGGUGCUUUUUGUUGUUUAAAUGGGAACACAUUUUGCUGUGAUCUGCUGCUUUUGUAAUCAAUGUAAAUAUAUGUAUUUAUUCAAAUUAUAUAUAUAUAUAUAUCUAUAUUUAUUUUGUUGCACAAAUCUAUUUAUUUUCUGUUAAGUAUAUUUAUUAAACGUUUGCUUUUAAAGCUAUUAAAGAUGAAUUUAAUUUAUUUAAAAUUCCAUCUGAAAUCCUUGCAAGUAGCUGAAAAGUUUUUAAACUUCCCAAUGUCAGAACAUGAUGGCUGAAUAUUUUGUAAGAGCUGUGCUAAUGAACGACAAUAAAAUCUGCAAUGUAUUUAUUUCAUCUCAACA